AUGCCGCCGCCCGCUUCCCCGAGCCCAGACACAGCUGUUUUCCCGGAAUUGGGAGAUCGGUUCUCGGAUGACACAUUCACAGGCACUGCAGCCACCAAGGCAGCCACCAAGGCAGCCACCAAGGCAGCCACCAAGGCAGCCACCAAGGCAGCCACCAAGGCAGCCACCAAGGCAGCCACCAAGGCAGCCACCAAGGCAGCCACCAAGGCAGCCACCAAGGCAGCCACCAAGGCAGCCACCAAGGCAGCCACCAAGGCAGCCACCAAGGCAGCCACCAAGGCAGCCACCAAGGCAGCCACCAAGGCAGCCACCAAGGCAGCCACCAAGGCAGCCACCAAGGCAGCCACCAAGGCAGCCACCAAGGCAGCCACCAAGGCAGCCACCAAGGCAGCCACCAAGGCAGCCACCAAGGCAGCCACCAAGGCAGCCACGCACUCCCACUUUCAAUAUCAGCCUAAGCGGACCGUCGCCCGAGAGUGA